AUGAGAAAUAGGGUAGAAGAUAUUUUGGGUGUCGAUCUAGCGGAAGCCAUUCGGGAAGAUGGAGAAGAUGGGCAUGGUUGCGCAAGGGAGCUGAGAUUCGACUUUGAGAUGGUUGGUUUUGAGACAGUUGGAGAUGAUAGUGAGGAUGAUGUAUAUGUGUAUGAUGAGGGGUUAGGGAGUGAGGAUGGAUUUACAGAAUGGGAUGAGCAGGAGGAGGAGGAGAAUGAAAUGGGAGAAGGAUAUAAUGGAGAAAAUCAGGGGUCAGAUUAUGAGUCAGUUCAUGGUGGAGAAAAUCUGGGGUCAGAUUAUGAGUCAGUUCAUGGUGAAAACGUAGUUGAUGGUGAAGGGUUCACAACACCAAAGAAGGGCAGGCAAAUGGUGCAAACUGUGUUCAGUGUUGAAGAGGAAAUACCACCCCCAAUUUUGGGCAUGGUAUUUGGUAGUUGGGAUGAGUUAGAUACUUACUUCUGGAGCUGUGCUAGGCAAAAGGGGUUUGGAAUAGUGAGGGCUGCUUCUGGAUGGGUGAAGGUGAAGAAGGAAUUGGGUACUGGAAAGUGUUGUAAGCAGCGGAGGAAUGCUAAGUGGACCUGUGACUGCUACGGAAGACCUUCUAGGAAGCGUAAAGUUGAUCCACUGAAGGAAGGUUUGAUUCAGGACGAGGAGACAGUUGUACAAAGGAAAACAAAAAAGUGUGGAUGUGAGGUUGAGUUGUAUUCAAGUGUUAAUGCAGAAGGGAAUUGGGUUGUUCGUAGGGUGAAGUUGGAGCACACUGGUCAUCCAGUUACACCGGGAAAGUCUAAGGAUGUUUCCAUGUACAGGAAGCACGAUUUGGUUACCAAACAUAAGCACUUGGUGAAACAGGUGGUUUCUGCAAAGAAGUCAAGGGUGAAGGUUUCCCAGAUGUACGGUUGUUUUGGUAGGCAGGUGAAUGGAGUAGAUCAGUUGACUUUUACUCAAAAAGACUUGACGAAUGCGGUGGCUGAGGAGGAGAAAAAUAGGCUGGAGCUUACCGAGGGUGAUGCAAAUGGGAUGAUUGAGUACUUCAACAAAAUGAGUGCAGAUAAUCAAAAUUUUUUCCAUCCGUGUAGGUUUGGGAAGGAUGGUUCCUUACAAGAUGUUGUAUGGGUGGAUGCGAGGAGCAGAGCUGCCUAUGAGGAGUUUGGCGAUGUUGUCUGUUUUGAUAGUACGUACUUGACUAACAAAUUCCAUUUGCCCUUUGCUGUAUUUCUUGGUGUGAAUCACCACGGACAAAGUAUAUUGUUUGGUUGUGCAUUGAUCUCUCGAGAGACAGCAGAAACGUAUGAAUGGGUGAUGAGGACAUGGCUGCAUUGUAUGGGCGGUAAAGCCCCUACAUCUAUUCUGACGGAUCAAGAUCCGGCAAUUAGGAAAGCUGUGCAUUGUACAAUGGCUGAAACGACCCAUAGGUGGUGCAUAUGGCACAUCCUGCAGAAAUUUGGUAAGUAUGUGAAGCGUGAUGAUGAUUACGAAGUUUUAAAGGGUGACUUUGAUAGCCUCAUAUACGGUAGUUUAGAUGCUGAUGAAUUUGAAGCUCGAUGGUGUGAUGCAAUUCAGCAUUACGAGCUACAAGACAAUGCUUGGCUAGAGGGUUAG